AUGGAAGACCUACUGUUCAUCACUCCAGACUGCCAGGACUCAAUCGAUGACCUGUGGCACAACAGCUUUGAUGACGAUCGGAUGCUUGACAUUGCUGACAACGAGUACGAAUCUGACGAUGACCUAUUCGACUCUCAACUUGAUUCGACAUCGGACUCAUGGCAGCAUUGGGUCAUCGCUUGCCUUGAAUCUAUGCUGAGAAAGAUCAUGGAAGGGCUCCUUGAAGAAAGUGAGAGAUUGACAUUUACCCUUAAGAGUCGCGCCAGCAUACCACGAAGACGAUCAACCACAAAAGGUGUGCCUGGGACAACACCUGCUCCAAAGAUUCGUCAAAUAUCAUUUCCUGGCAAUACUCCUCAGGAAGCAUGGAACUUCACGGUUCUUCUCCGUAUUAUCGAGCUCGUACACGGUGGGCUUGUCGACAAUGUUAUCAUGACCAAGCGGGAUAUAUAUUACAGACAUCCAGACUUGUUCCUGAAGCAAGCAUUCGUCGAUCGAUACGUUGAUGAUCUUGCAUGUACGCUAGGCAUUUCGAGGUCUCAGCUUAACGUUACUGCGGCUGCCAAGGGUAUCGUUGCUGGGUGCUUCACGAUUCAACGCAACGACGGUGUGCUGGGCAUACUUAUCCCUAAGUUGGGAGAAACGGACACGUUGGAUCUCAUGCAAGCUCGCUGGAUUCUCGUCAUUGAGAAAGAAGCAACGUUUCGUUCCCUCGUCAGCACACCCCAGUGGAACAAACUGAGUCUAGAGGGUGUAGUUCUCACUGCAAAAGGCUAUCCUGACUUGGCCACGCGAGGCUUUCUGCGUCAGCUGACCGAUCAUGCACCGCAUCUACCAAUCUUCGCCUUCGUAGAUCUGGACCCUGACGGUAUUGCGAUCAUGUCAACGUACAAAUAUGGCUCGUAUCGCCUCGCUCACGAGAAUGUUACACCUACCGGUACACCAGUUUUGAACCUGCCCAACGUGCGCUGGCUUGGUGUAAAACAGCACCACAUCAGCCAAAUGCCGACAGGCGAGAGUUGUGCAGAAACUGUUGCUAUGCCUGAGCUCCAAGGUUUGAUGAGAUUGACGGCACGCGACCGAAACAAGGCAGUCCGGAUGCUGGAAUGGGACCUUUGUUGUGAGACAGGACCUGAGCAAGAGUGGAGGCGCGAAUUGCAGACGAUGCUAGUGUUGAACGUCAAAGCGGAGAUGCAGAUCCUUGACGAGCUGCCAGGAGGUAACCAGUAUGCUCAAAUGAUGGACUACUCUUCUAGUACCGUCGAGCGUAGAAUUCGAAGCAGAACAACUGCCAAUUGA